CACAUCAAAGGAAGGCUUGACUGUAAGAAUUCACUCGCUCAGGCUGAGAUGUCUACCACACAUAUGCGCCACUAUGCGGCAGAUCAUUGAUCCAAAUACCUCUUACUUUCUCGACUGUAUCAUCUGCCUUGCGCCUGAAUAACCCUAGUCAACUUUAUCUUUCCUAUUCGCCAAAGUCGACUCUGUAAGUACCGUCCACAGUUGGUACCGUAGCGGGAGUGGAUGUAUACUCUCCUCUACCUAGAAGACCCGAUAACCCCACCUGGUUAUUCAACUCCGAAAUCCUGCAGGGGUCUCCUUUUCGUUCCGAGGGAAAACAUUCGCAGCUUGUACUACCUACUGGUCCCUUGGGUCUCGAUUCCUAGUGAGAUCGAGUCGGGAAAAGUUCGUUCGGCUACCUCCUUCUCUAUGCCUUUGCCUCGCUACAAGCGCUUCAAGUACGGACAACACAGCUCAACCGCAUUGUGGGUUGAUUCGGGCCGAGCCGCACGAGUUAUAUUGAAUAAGAGUACACGUCGGCCAUUCUGGCACCGCUCGUUCAACCCAGGUUAUCAAUACAGCCUCUUUAGUCGUCUUCGCCAUCCAACCGAGCAAAUGCGAGGCGACAUACCCUUGGCACCAUGCCACUGCCGGUCAUUCAAAGUGAGAUGGAAGAAAAAUCCUAAGGGCGUCGGGGAGUAUCUACCUCUACAGCACUCCGAUGAGAACCUGUGAUAGAGGAUGUUGUGACUCCGAACUCGAUCGACACUCGUU